AUGAGCGCAGGUUUAGGCCUUCACCCAAAGCAUUCAGCUGCAACAUACUCUUCACCAAUAACUGCUGUAUUUAAAGCCACUAUUGGCCUGCUGGUGAAUAAAGGAAGAGAUAAACUGGCAGAAAAAUUGAAUGAGAGUGAUGUUACAGAUCAGAAAUUCCACGGCCUGGUCGUCCGUGAAAUCGAUGAACUUAAGUCGAAGUUGGAUGGGCUAGCAAGAAAGAAUUUAUUAGCAAGUAUCAGUCUUUUAAAAGAAGGAAUCGAGCUGUUGUAUGAAGUGUUUGAAAGUACCAGAUCCAGUAGCGUGCAUCGCGCGAUAACUUCACAAACACAAGCUACAGCCGAAACCAGAAUUGAUGAAACUGAAGAAAUGAGUAGUAAAUUGGAGCUUACUGCAUUGGAUGAAUCAGCUACGAAGAAGCUUAGCAAAGCGUUGGAGAAAUUUAAUGAAGCUCGUCUGGAAGCAAUGAAAGCUUUUAGUGAUGAAGCUUUGGAAUUACAUGAUCGCCUGUUAGCUAUGCAAUAUCGACUGAUGGCUACGAUACUGAGGGCAGUUGACAAUCCUACUGACGCGUUAGCAGCUUGCAGAGUCUGCCUUGACGAGUUGCACCAACUACCAGCUGUUAAAGAAUAUUUCAAAGUUGAGUUGGAGAGAGGAGUAAGAUUAAGAGCUCCAUUUAAUAAAGAAAAACGAAGGCAAAUAAUUUUUUGCGUCUGUCACGUAAAUCGUGUGAUCCAUAAUGUCAUGCAACUGCUUGGAAUUCGAAAUCUGUGGACGUUGCCUUUGGUUGAUACGGGGAAAGAGGAAGUGGAUCCACUGCGGGAUGGAAGAGUUGUUGACGCACUGACGAAACAAGGCCUGAAGCACUCUUCUGUACUAUGGUCAUUUGGUCAGGAGGAGGACAGACUGAACGAGCCUGUUGGUAUCGCUACGAACACCAAGCAACAGUUCCUUAUAGCAGACAAUUGGCCAGGCCGAUCCCUGUCUUGGGUUAAUACGUGUACUCAUGUGAAGGUGUUUGAUAACAACGGAAAGUAUGUUUUUAGUUUUUUACCUAGAUUUGAUUACGCUGAUGUAGAAGUAGAAGUAAAUGUUUGGGAUAUCGCCACUUGCCCUGAGGACAUGGAUGACAAGAUCUAUCUACUCGUCACGCUGAAGAAGCGCGUGGCUCUUGAACAAAAGAUGGAAGUUCAGGUUUUUAAUAAUACCGCUGAACUGCAGCACAAGUUUCUUGUGAGGAACAGUUCAGUUUUAUCUCCACGAGGCAGACUUCAACUAACAGUAAGCAGAAAAAAAGUGCUGAUGUUGACAGCAAACGCUAUUGAUGUUUAUAAGCUCGGUGGUGAGUUCUUUGGUAGAUUUGGCGAUGGAGUGUUCAAGGUUGCAACGGAUAUCAGUGCUACUUGUGAUGGUCGCAUCACGAUUUUAGACCAAGGUGAUUCCAGCGUUUACGUUUUCACUGAAGAGGGUCAACAGCUUGCCAAAUUUAAUAUCGGCAACGAUGAAGAUGACGAUUAUUUCAUUGCACAUCACCCUACGGGUGAGCAUGUCGUUGUUGCUUCCUUUAAACAAGAGACAAAUCGCCUGAGGCUGGCUAUAUACACUGUAAAGGGCGAACUCGUUCGAAAAAUUCCAAUUCAACUUGAUGAAACAGCACGCGAACUAAAAGGAAUUACAGUGACCAUGAAGGGUAACAUUGCAGUGGCUUUUAUGGAAAAUCAGUACACUGGAAAAGUAGUUGUUAGUUAAAAGUAUAAAACUUACCGUCAGCGCAGACUGGGUACACUGCAAGAGAGUAUAAUUGGAGAGACAGGGAAACGACCAGUCUACCCCUUGGGAUAAUGUGAAUAUCAAGAGUUCAGGAGCUCGGAUCUCACCCAGAUCUGGGUAGUGGUGCUUCUGAUUGGUCGUGCCGCGUAAAAAUUUGCUUUAACCAAUCAGAAGCCCUUCCCAGAUCUGGGUAAUAACGCGUCAUCAGUACGGAAUUUCUGCGCUCGUUUCUCAGACGUCAUUUCGCGGGGAAACUCGUGGUGGCGUCGUGAAACGUCGGCUGUUUUCUCAGGCUAAUCAGAUAUGUGACGCUCCUCAUUCGAGAUCGGCGCGGUGCAUCUUCACGCGGUUACAGAAAAUCGCGCUAAAAUCACUGUUCUUGAUAACGAACAGCAAAAGCUAUCCGGGCUGGUGUAAAAAUAGCCUUAUUCUACAUAACAUAUAAAAAGGGUAGACGAGAAUGACGUAAAGUGCAAGUCACUAGAGACAAGGAGAAAGCAGGUUCUUAGCUGGUUUUCCGAAUUCUUUAUUGUAAACUUUUUGUUCAGACGAAAAACAGGGCAGCAAAACUCUUCCUCGGACUGACUGGGCUGACUAAGCUAGCCUGUCGUUUUUGAAGUUCUAAGCUAAUCGAAAUUGCCAAAUUCGCGUGCCCAAAGUGGGUUGCUUGGUAAAGAAAAUGUAUUAAUGGGACAGUUAAAAGUGAAAGGGCUGACGCUCGAAAUGUUUAGUUCCAAUCCCUUCGAUCUCUAGCUUCGUCAGCAAAGCCACCCUUUCAAAAUCCAUACGAUAAAGAACAGUGCAACACCAUGUUCUCACAUAGCCUCAUGAAAAUAAGUUUCUCCACGUGCGCGUGACAGUGCGCGCGAGCAAAAUAAAUCGAGGCCCCAAUUAUUAAACCGGCUUUUGUGACGUUUGUUUUAAUUUCCAUUCUUUGAAAAAGAAUGCGUUGGAUUUCCAAAGUAGAAAUGAAACGGAAAACGAUAUUUUCGUUGGUUCUGCUACUCAUUCUAUUGAAAAGCAAGGAUUGUAAAGGUAAGCGCGAAUCUUAUUCUAAAUCCAACCUCGUCUUUUAUGUAUAUGAACGCUUUUUUGUUGGCCUUUUCAACGCGAAUACAUUUCCGACGAGUUUGUCUUCAUGUCUAAGUACUGACAAGUAAUUAUUAUUUUAUUUAUUAAAAAAUUUCAUUCUGUGCUCAUCGUUACGCCGUCCUUGAAAUACUUGAAAUAGCUGUAGCGCAGGCAGAUAAAAUGUAAAACUAUCUAACAGAUGACGCUUUAGAAAAAUUAGCGCCUGAGUUCAAUCAAUUUUACAGGCCUUUUAACCAUGCAUAUAACGAUCUUCUCGUAAUAUUGUAAACCGAAUGCGUAAAAGUGCAAGCCCAUAAAGCAACACUAGUUUUCAAUUUAAUCUUUUGAAUUUAAAAGAGAAAUAAUGAAAAAAGGAUAGAAAAAGAAAAACUAACUCCAUUCAUUUGUUAGUUUCACACCAUCCCGAUCUCGUUGCUACGUUACGUGUUCAUCCUUUGCGAGCUCAUUCUCGACCCCAAUGCUUACGCUUCUGGUGAUUAUGUGCACAAGAGAUCUGGGUCGAGAUUGAGCGCGGCUGCGCGUGAACAAAACCGAGCAUGAUGUCAAGAAAAGAACAUGUAUGCGUUUAUGACGUUAGUUUUUUAUUCUUCUACAAGAAUUCAUUGGAUUUUAUAUUCAACUUAGUCUAAAGCAAAGAUGAAAUGGAAAAUCAUAUUCUUAUUGGCUUUUCUUGCUCCACUGUUCAGCAACAAAAUUUGUAACGGUAAGGAGUCACUCUCCCUUUAAGAUAGUGGAGUAUAGUAGGAUGUGUAAUUUUUAUAACAAGAGACCCUGAAGGGAAAUAAGCGACUGCAAUGAAUCAAUCAAUCAAACUUACAGACUUUUAACAAUGCAGUUCACGAAGUUCUCGUAAUUGUGAACCUGUUGCCAAUUGAGAAGCCCAUGAAAUAUCAGUAGUUUUUCAAUGUGAUAGUUUGAAACUUAAAAGGGAAAUAAUGAAAAAAGAAAUCUCUAUUUAUUUCUUUGUUUCACACCAUCCCGUUGCUACGUUACGCGUUCAUCCUUUGCGAUCGAGCUCAUUCUCGAACCCAGUGCUUAUACACUUCUGGCGGUUAUGUGCACAAGAGAACUGGGGUCGAGAUUGAGCGCCGCUGCGCGCGGUCAAAACCGAGAAUGACGUCAAGAAUAGAACAUGUAUGCGUCUAUGACGUUAGUUUUUAUUCUUCUACAAGAAUUCAUUGGAUUAUAAAUUCACUUUAGUCUAAAGCAAAGAUGAAAUGGGGAAUCAUAUUCGUCUUAGCCUUUCUUGCUCCACUGUUCAACAACAAAAUUUGUAACGGUAAGGAGUCACUCUCCCUUUAAGACCGUGAAGUACAAAGUAGGAUGUGUUAUUUUAUAACAAGAGACGCUGAGGGGAAAUAAGCGACUGCAAUCAGUCAAUCAAACUUACAGACCUUUUAACAGUGUAGUUCAUGAACGUAUUCUCAUAAUUGUGAACCUGUUGUCAAAUGCAGAAGCGCAUGAAAUAACGCUAGUUUUUCAAUGUGAUAGUUUGAAACUUAAAAGAAAAUAAUGAAAAAAAGAAAUCUCUAUUUAUUUCUUUGUUAAACGCCAUCCCGUUGCUAAGUUACGUGUCAAUCCUUUGCGAGCUCACUCUCGACCCUAGGGCUUACACUUCUGGCGACUAUCCGCAGAAGAGAUCUGGGGUCGAGAUUGAGCGCCUGUGCGCUUUGAAAACAACCGUGACAUCAUAAAUGGAAUACGCAUGAGUCUGACGUAAGGUUUUCAUUCUUCUACAAGAAUUCAUUGGAUUUUCUGUUAAAUUUAAUCCAAAGCAAAGAUGAAGUGGAAACGAUAUUCAUAUUGGUUUUUCUUUUCAACAGGAAAAUUUUUAACGAUAAGGAGUCACUCUCCCGUUAAUUUACUUGUACAAAUUUACAAAUGUCGUUUAACGGUACUUUAAAUGCGCUGGAUGUGCGAGGACGCGAUUGUCGACGCGUUGUACGUUUUGUUCGUUGAAAUAAGAUGGCAAAGCAUCGGUAUUGAAUGGCAAAAUGUCCUUCCAGCCAUGACAUGACUGCACAAAUUAUAGUUUAUUUAGAGCACUUUCUGGAAAAAUGACUUGCUCAAGAAAGCUUUUGUUCUGUCUAAAAUGGGUAUCAUAAGGUUCAGUAUGGCGCACUUGCGUAUGAAUGUUGCACCAUGUUACAAGGCUUACCAAUCCAACUUUCAUCCUCGCGCAUUUUCGAUAAAUAAGUUACUUCUAUAUUAAAGAGCCUUAAUCGUACAGUAUAUACACAAAAAAUAUUCACUCUUUUACGCCUUCUGAAAUUUUCAGCAGGGAAGAAUCCUGUUUCUGUGGGUACUGACAAUAAAGAGUCUAUUCAGAGAUGGAGUCCCACUCCGCUGUAUGCAGGACACAGGCGUACCAACCUCAGCUCCACCGAGAGCUCAGCAACAACUGGUAAAGAACGAGGAAACAUGGAUCCCAGGAAUGGGAAUAUCGAGAAAAUCUUGACCAUGCGCAAGCUCGCAAUGCGAAGAUUGGCCAAAAGGCAUAAAGCUGGUGUUUUAUCUCAUACUGGAGUAAGACCUUCAGCUGCGCCAUUUAAGAAAGCUUCUAUGUUCGAUCGAGUGCAAGCAACAUCUGCUACAGGCAAGAAAUAUUUACAGAAUUUUCAGAAUUUUUCUCUCAAGGAGAGUACUAAUGGAUUUAUACCUUUACUUAAUCGGGUGAAUUAAGAAAAGAGUCUCAGGAAAUUUUUAUCGGGUGGUCUGGUUCAAAGGGGAUUGAACCUUUCACUUAACACUUUGCGAGUCUCGUUUUCCUCUGUUUUCCUCAAAAGGACGUCAGUUUCCUUUUGAACGGUGGAUUCUUUUUAUCUCGUGACUUGUCACUCCCAUUAAUUUUAUUACUAUUUAUUUCGAUUUAAAUUUACACCACUUUUGAAGACAUUUGAUUUGAUUUAACUUUAAGUACACUGAAGGUGUAUGGAGUGAAUCAGGGUUUUGAACAUAAAUUGUUUUCUGUGAACUGCAACGUUUUUAGAGAGAGACUGAGAAGAGAAAAAUCAUUGAAUUAUUACCAAGGAAUGAAAGACUUUAAAAUUUCCUGAUUAAUUUGACAUAAUAUAACUAGAAUUAAACUAAAUGACCAUAAAAGAAAAAUUGAGAACUUGAAGUUUUAUAAAAGUGAUGUAAUUCCCAAAUGUAAAGAUUUGAAUAAGCUCAUAUGACUUUAAAAAGUGCAAUAUCAGCACCAAAAAUUACAUCCCUGCCCUGUUAUAAUCAGAGAUAAAGGUAGUGCGAAACAAAACGAAGAAAAAAUGAGGGUAAAAGCUGGUAAUCAACGAGGAGCAGGGAUGAGGAGCCAUUCCUUAAUCACACACGAGUAACCUAUACUUUAACUUGUAACCAUGACUUAAGAUUAAAAUGGAUAGGACGACACGAGACCAAAGUUUCGGGCCCGAAAUAAAAUAUUCAAAUCAAAACUCUAUAGAAACGCGGGUCCUAGCUAACAAACCAGUCUUUUUGUUUAGCCAGCUGAUAGUUUUAUCAUUGUAACUGAAAAACUAAUUAAACUAUCUUAAAGGUAACAAGAACAACAACUUUAAAGGAUCGUUACAGUAAUCGGGACGUUCGAGAAACGGAUCCCUGGCCCCAAUUGUUUCAAAGGAGGAUAGCGCUCUACCUUUUUCCUGGAUAAACGUCUAACUAAGGAAUAACGCAAUAGGUUUUUAUUAUACUUAUCCACUGGACAAUGAUUUAUCAGGUAGAUAGUGCUAUCUACUAUUUCAGUAACUGGAAUUUGAAUGGAAACUUUUCUUACCCUCCCUCCCUUUGUCUGUCUUAAGUGUUAUCUGCAAAAACGCUAAGUGGUGGUUAAUUUUUCUGCUGUUAACAUAAUAUCUACGUGGUACUUUUCCUUCUUCCAGACGUACCAAUUCAGAGGAAAGUUAAACUACCCGUGAUCUUAACACCUUUGUCGACUGAGAAUGAUGACAGGUUCUUUUCGAAGACUAACGGAGAAGGUGCUGAAUCAACAAAACACGAUAACAAAGACAAAAGCAAUACAAACAACGAUCAUUCAGAGCAUGCGCACGAUGCUCCUAAACCCCGGAUGACAGAGGAUGAACGCCCAACACAAAGUGGCACCGAUUUCAAGGCGCAGCAUCACAAACCAAGCGCGCAUUAUGAGAUAACAUCCCCUGGCCUCCGCUGGACUGCGCAUGAUCUUAGGACUGGACCACCAAACGAAAAACGAAAACGUUACAAGAAGAAGAAAACUGCAUCCCAGCGUACCGACGAUGUCGAGGAAGAUACUGAGGAGGACGAUGAUCCAGGAGAGUCGAGAUCUUCUGUCAAUUUUGCGGCGGUUGGUGCUGGUAUAAUGGUGUUUCUGUUCAUAUUUGCUGGACUGGGCCGUCUGUGGUAUGUUGAGAAUUUAAACGACUUUCCGCUUUGUCUCGGAUGUUUCUGGAGGUUCUUUAUAGAUUUGUCUUUUUCGAGACUUGUUCCCUAUCAGUUUGCUAGUGUUUAAUAAGGAUGUAGUUUAAGACAGGAAUUAAUUGACGAGUUGACAGUGCACUGAUUUCUCAUGAAAAGCAAGUUUUUUAAACACACCAUGCACUCAACUUCAGCAGUAGGAGUUGUAUAUUUACAUUCCCUUUACUGAAGCAAUGCGUUAAUUCUAAAUUGUCAUGACUAGCGGGCCUUGCAAACAAAAACAAAGCGCAUCAAGUCACUAAUAGUUUUGUAUUGCACGCGUCUUCAGUAGCGGAUUUUAUAACUAGGGUUGCGCUACGAUAUAGUAUGUUGUAUAUCAAGGAUGGUGCGCAUUCUUUAUAUAGAUAAGGAUUUGUAAUAUCCCUUUCCUAGCCCCUCCGCCAGCAGCUGUUUGAUUCUCUCCCUCACUGUCCACUCAACAAGUUUGUUGCAGGUCUAUUGUUUACCCGGCUCCUGACACUUGCCAUCAUCCACAAUAGCUUUUUUUCUGUAACUUUUAUUGCAGGGGAAUGUGUAAGAAAAGAUGCUUGCGGAGAAAAUAUCCUGACCUUGGUUGGAACUUCAAUUCACUGACUAACCUCAGCGAGCAGCUUAGCGAGGAAGAGAUAAUCUUUGAGAGAACCAAUCUGAACUGCGGUAUGCGGACAUCAAGGGACUCUGCAACUCAUAAACCGAAACCAAAUCCGCCAUCUUACCAUCUGGCAGCAACACACUUUGAUGCCCAAUCUCCAUGGACCCUAACAGACACUCCCACAUCCACACCUUUGAUGGCAGUUUCUGGACGUCCUUUGGACAACUCCUGCGUGGUGGUCGAUAUUCAUGACUCAAAUCCAGUUUCUGAAGGACGUACUGCUCGUACCAUUGUUGAUCUCUCUGAACCCAGUCCAGUCUCUUUUGUUAUUGAUGCUCCUGAAGCCGACUCCUGUGUUGUUGUUGAUAUACCUGACUUAAGCUCGCCGGACACCUCUUUCACUUGCUCCUCUUUAUCUGAUGUGUUUUCGUUGGCUUCUGGAACUCCAAAAUCUUCGUUAUCUUUAACGUCGGUGUCCUCACUCGAUAUGACUUCAGCAGAACCGGAAGCCUCGUCUCUUACUCCAGAACCUGAAACCCACUGCUCCUCACCGAUAGCAAAUUCUACAGAAGCUCUGGAGCCAAAACCGGAACUUAACCACUAUCACGUAGCCUUAGCAACCGUUGAACCAGAAGUCGUUACUGACGUUCCAUCGACUGAGCCUUCGAUUCCACUGACCAUCGAACCAGAAUGCUCUUUACCCACUGCAGAAAGUCAGACACUCCUGGAAACAUCUCCCUUGAAAUAUCCGGCCACGCCCAAGCGUUCUUCAAGCUUUGAUUUGACUCCUUCUACCUCUGACCAAUCAACACGGACAGUUUGCUUGGCAACGGAGAGUGGUAGCUCAUCCAGAGAGUCUUGCAAAACUCCUGUGGCAGCAACAGGUGAUGUAAUAUCGACAAUUCAAAACGACGAAGAUGAAGUUGUUCUGCACGCAAGCAAGAAAUCAAGAGCUGAAACAACAACAAUGAGGUUGAAAGGAGAGAAUGAAAAACACGUUGCACGGCUCGUGGAAAGCACUGCAAGUGACACACCUGGCGUGACCAUAAAUUCUUCCGGUUUGACUGGGGAUGUUAAGGAUAACUGGGAAGUGACCGCUGAAAACGGUCUGAGAGAUGAAGUCAAAGAUGUUGAGACGAAGUUUCAAAAUGUCGUUAUUGACUUUUCCGGGGCUGCAAGUGAGAAGGAGAGUGACGUGAUAGAGGUUGAUGAGGUGAUUAUUGAAAUCUCUGACGUCACCAGCGAGGGAAAGGAUGGCUUCAUGGUAGUCGAAAACGCAACACUCGAGAUUUCUGGCCUGACUAGCGGCGAUAAAAAUCUCCUAACGAUGACCAUGGGACCCAAUCGCGGCGGUAAGUCUUUUGGUGAAGUGUUUCAUUUCCAGUGAAAAUACAGGAUACUACACACAACCUCUGCACUUGAAUAGUGAGCGUAACCUUUUUUCGUACUCUUUUUCUUUCUUCUUUUUUUUCUUUUGCGUCUCUUGAUUUGGGAGCGAGGUUCUCGCGCGCUGUAAUUACUUUCCCUGUUAAAGAGGAAGUAAAUGAAUAUAAAUGUGUUUCACGGUGAGCGGAAUGCAGGCUACGAUAAUAUUUGCAGUUCCACCUGUUACAGGCUCUCAGUUAUUCCUAACCUCGUUCUGGGGACGAAGCUGAGAUAUUCGGGACCUGGGACGAGCGAGUAAUUUUUUUACACUGGACGCGCAAACAGUGGGGAUCAAAAGUCCUCGUCUUAUCGUAAGCGGGUUAUGUUAAAAACUUACACAGCUAAAGGAAACGCGGCUUUUAGAAGAUAUUCGAAUUAACUCAGUUUGCUGUGCAACUCAAAAGUUUAUCUUUGGUAAUCUUUUAGGGACUCCAACAACAAUUACCCUGUCUUCGGAAGAAAACAAACUUGGCUUCGAAGAAAUCGGGGAAAAGACAUUUCUUCCAAGCCCGGCGAGGGCUGGAGCGAAAUGUUCUUCAUCAUGCAGCAAAGAAGAAAAUGAUAAGUGGAAUUCAAUUUACAAGAAUAGAGCAAAAUUGAUGGUAGGUGUUUAUUCCAGAAAUAAUUUACCAGUCAACCAGUGUAGGCUACAAACAGCCAUAUUUGGUGCUGAUUUUUGCUUACUACGCUCAUCAGGGUCAAGUGCAUCUGGUUAGUCACGGCAAAUUUCCAUCCAAUUAAUAGCAUUACCUAUAUCUGGGUAGUGAAGCGUCUAAAGUAUGGAAGUCCUGUGUUCAUUCCUGAGACAUUAUUUUGUGAGGGAGGAAGCAGUGGUGCUGUUUUUUAGGCUAGCGCUUUUCGUCUUGGUAACUCAAAGUAACAUUUCAACAAAAUUCUUGCUUGUCACAGUUCCACGGCGUUAUACCUCCUUGUAACAGAUCAAAAUUCUUUUAUAUGAGGUUAAAUUUAUAGACUUAACUUUAACUUUUCUCUAGGAGAAACAGAAAAAGCAGAAAGAGAAGCAAAAGAAACGCAAGGGAUUGAAGCCAGCUGCAAUUGAAAUCAACCUGACUCCGCUCGGUGACGAACACAGUUACUGUGAUCACAAAACAAACCCACAAGUGGGAUGCCUGUGCAAAUACUGUGAAAAACACAGACAGAAGUCACGUGGCUCACGUUUCUUUAAAUUUCCCAGGUGAGCUGAAUGAUUUACAUUAGUGUAUCUAAAGAAGUCAGACAUGAACGUGCUAGUUGAAUAUCUGUCAAUCGGCUCAGCAAAGGGGGACAAUAGGAUCGAGUGCUAUAAGUCCAGGGAAGGGGGUGGGGGUACUCAAUAAAGGUUUAUAGAGGAAGGCCCUGCCCCGAGGUUCAACCACUUGCUAAUAUAUACCAUUUUUGACCGAAAAUGUACCCCUUUCGUAUACCUUAUUGACAAAUGGUGCUCCUUUCACAUACCUAGUUUAGAACUUUUAGCACCCUUAUUUAACUGCUCGAAUUUCACUGUCUCCUAAAUAUGAAAAAAAUAAGAAAAGCAGAAGAAUUUCUCGACUUUUACCGUUUCGUAAACUAGUGAAAUCCCUAACUUUACAAGCUUUCCUUGAUUUUUCAAUUUACAGAAAAUUGUUAUCCUUCAAGUCUAAAUGCCCCGUCAAACACGACAGAUGUGAGAAGGACUUGUGCUCUUCAACAAAGAACUCAUUUCCGAUUUCUGAUGCUUGCGCAUCGACGAGAUCUGCUGCUAAGGAUUUUGAUAUUUCAUUUGCUUCUUACUCUGGUUUAACGGGCGAGAAGCAGGCAAGUCGUUCUAUCUUCAAUCUUCUUCGUUCUGCUUCUUUUUUUAACGUACAGAGCAACUUCAUUUAUAAGACCACCGUCGGGACACGAGAUCUGAAAUCUUGCUCCCUCUUGCUUCAUAAGUAACGAGGUCUUCGUAUUAACGUGUAAUAGUGAGAGUCUAGUAAGCGGGGGGUGCAAGAAAAGGAACGGGUUGAAAAAUGAAAAUGUACUUUGUUUGAAAGAAGGAAAUGUGACUGGGAUUUGGGCAAAAUACAGUAUGGGAUUCGGGAAACGUUAUCGUUACACGGGAUUUGACUGAAAUACAGAGCGGGUUCGGGAAUCAUUAUCGGGAUACGGGAUUUGGCCAAAAUACAGACCGGGAUUUGGGAAACGUUAUCGGGACACGGGAUUUGGCUGCUACCCGAGCAGCGGGAUUCGAUAAAAUUUGGGAACAGAUGUGAGAUUGGGAAAGAAAACGAUAUUGGGGAUGUGACAGAAGUUCAGGACCCCCUUUUCCAGACCCCUAGUUUAGGGUGACAAUUUUAUUACAACAUCAACAUCAAAUCAGUCAGUGUGAAAAUAGUGCGCGCCUGAAAUUCCACGAAACAGGAAGAGAAUAGUCAGAACCAUUUUCACAUUCAGAACAACACUUACUGCCUUCGCGAAACUAAGUUAUGGGAAGCGAGAUUUUGCAAAGGCAGAGGGUCGUAAGACAGAGAACGGAGAGGGGGACACGCGUCUCCGAAGGGGAGGUGGGAGGGUAAAAAAUUGUAACCCCGGCUAAGAACGGGGUUACUUGGAAAAAGAGACUGAAAUCACGGGAUAGCUGGCUUACUUAGGCAAAAGGACUCCCCCGAGACUUCCACACGAUUGUCUACAAUGUCCUGGGGUGCUACGAGAAUACCAGCAUUGCGUGCAGGCAGAAUUCGUGGUUAUUGUAACAAUGAAAAUAUUAUUUGUAUGUAAAGCCGUUUUAUCGUGGUCAAAAUUUAGGAGGUUCAUAUUGCAAUGACUUAUUCCCCCUUUUUUUGUUUGUUUUAGAUUCACUACUUGCCGAAUAAACGAAACAGAGCAGGAGCAACUCAUCCAGCGCAUGUCCACAUGCACUUUUAAUCAGUUUCUGAUGACAAGAAAAAGUUUCAUAAUUUACUCUCGCCAAUGUUGUAGAUUCAAUAAUCCGCCGUAUCCUGUAAACUGUUAAUGGUUUCUUUUCUUCCACGAAGCAAGUAACCUGUCAUUAUAUUAGAAAGAAAAUCUUUCAGAAUUACCAAAUCUAGACGUUUUGAUGAAAAAUGUUUAUCUUUUCAUUUUUGUUUCUCUUCCUUUAACAAUCGCGCUCUUCUCAGACAAGCACUGUGCUUUUAAGUAAAAAGUAUUUAUUUUAGUUUUUGUUAGUUUUUGGUUCGAAUUUCAAACAACGUAAUAGAAGAAACUAGAUGUAACUUUAUUAAAAUAGAAAAACAAGUCAAAACUUCUCUUUUGACACAAAAUACCCCAUGUGCGAGCCGAGGUUUCUCUCUCAGUGCAUGGCUUUAAUUCGCGUUGGUGGUGCUUUUUAUACGAGACUGACAAGCCACGCGAACGACUUCGUAUACGCUAGAAGCCAUGCAAGAGAGAAACCUCCUUUCGCAGGGUAGAUACAAAAUAUCAUUUUGUGAAUGACAGGGGACCCCUAGGAAGAGUUUCGCCUGUGAAUUCUUGGAUGGGAUGUGCCUUCCGUUUCUCCAGCAGCUCCAAGUGUCCUGACCCUAUUUCAGAGAGAAAAAAUGUCAUUUUCCACACCUGUUUUCAGAUCUGUUCACUAAAAUCCAUUCCCAUUUUCAAACCAAGCAAAGACAGAAAUCCUGUCAUCAUUGUUCAGAUAAGAACACAAACUAAAAGAUUUCUUACAAUUCCAUCGUACUAAAUUUGCAUGUAUUAUUUCUUUCCGAAUAUUCAUACGUCAUCGCGUAGUUCCCUCGAAAACCAUACCCGAUUCUAGACCGAAAUGGGCAAACCCUACACCCCGGCGUUCUCAGACCGAAACGGCACAAAACCCGUACUGUUUGGGGGGACAGCAUACACCUAUAUGGAUUAUAGGGAGGAAUAGCUAGGUUUUAGCGAACUUGAACUCUGACGCGAGUCGACUUUAUCCCAAGGAAACUGAAUAUGAAGAUCGUACCAGUGUAGAAAAUGUUCUUUUCACUUUGCUAUUAAACUAUCCCUCGCGGUAGGGACAAGGGCGAAGGGGGGGGGGGGGUUGUAUGGAAUAUAAAAAAAGAUAUAGAGCGCGUUAUACAUGACGUCAAGUUCACCAAAACAGGUCUGUGGGUGGUAAGCUGUUUUCAUAUGUAAAACCCUUCUUUUAAUUUGGUGCAGUCAAUUUGCCUAGUUGCUGGUCACCUGAGUAAAGACGCUUUUUUUUUUUUUUUUAGUUAGAGGCCUAGGGAUCGAGGGUGGGGUGCGAGGGGGUUCCGUGCCAUUGGGGAGUCCCCACUGGAUACAGAUACCGACAUCUCUUAUUGGUACUGAUUCAUGCAUGAUCGUGUUAUUGUGUCCUAAUUUAGAACAUUAUGGUCUUAAAAUUUGAUGGAAUCAUUGAUCUUUAACCAGAGUUUAGCUUCGUCUGUGGCGCAGGUUCCCAAUGUUGCGCAUGUAAGUCUCCUAUUCCCGGGCGGGCUGGAAAGAGUGCUAAAAAAUUACUAGACCGUGAAAGACUAUUCAGUCUCGGCUUGGCCGGUAGCCUCUCUUUUUUCGUGCCUCCCCCGUCUCGCGCCUUCAGAUACGCGCGUGGUCAUUUGCAUGUCUCGCGUUUUGCUCGACGGACUAAGAAAAAAGAGAGACUGCACGUAGUCUCCCAAAGGGCGACGCACUUGAAAGGCGAAGCUCUCUGAGCCAAGCCGCUGUUAUUAGUCCGCAAUCAUUUCCUUCAGCGGUUUUCCGGAGCAUUAUUGGAUCACCCAUUAGAACAUGACUUGUUGCUCGAUUCUACAGUAAAACAAAGGCGAUUCGCGGUAUCAACUGUAAAAUUUAACUACAACCAAGGUCACUAAUAACUCGCCUGCGCCCUAUGUUUCUUGGGGAGACCCAGCAUCUCAGUGGAAACAAUGGAGCAUUACGGUGGAGCAUUUUAGUGGAUAAUCAAGCGCAUAAUGAACAAAAACCUAUAUUUCAAACCUGUAUUUGAACUGACUUGCGUCUUUUUAUAAAAGAUUUUGUCUCCUUUUUGGGUUCAUUGACUAAAGCAAUCAAUAUGGUCUUAUAAAUUGACACUGAAUUAAGCCAACAAGCUACGGUAGUAUCUCAGACUUUUAUUUACAAAUAAGCGACUCUUUUUUUACCGCUGUUUGCCACAUUGUUUUUGACCGACAGAAGCACCAGCGCUCUACUUUGUCUACUGCGAAGACAGGGCUGGGAACAUGUACACGUUUUAUACCAUCUCGCUUGCUAUCUGCACGCAUCUUCAAGUAUAUCAUUCAAGAUUCAAAUGAAAACUGACUUUCUGAUGUGGGAAAAAGAGUCCGUUGUUUUAAAAACCGACAUUCGGGUGUAAAAAAAAAAAAACUGUACGUUGGUUUAGAAAAAAUACUACAAAGAAUCAAGUAGAGUUAAACAGAAUUGUUGGUUUCACAUGACGUAACUAAAAUUCAACCCUAAAAACUAUCGAUCCUACCAAAAUUUUACUUUCACGAUGCAUUACAGCAGCUGAAAACUAAUUCUCAUACAAAUUUUCGCUUCAAAAGGGUUCUUGGUUCAGUGUGAUAGAGUACGCUUGAAUUUCUAAGCUUUUGCGUGACGCGGCAUUUACAUGACGGCCAAGAAAGCUGUCAUGUAGGUUAAAAAAAUGACUUAUUUCAGGAAAUUUUGCCGUUGUCUUUUUUUUAAAAUUAUUAUAGUUUCUUUUUUUUAAUUAUUCCCUUUUUUAUUUUAUUUUGUUUCAUUUUAUUUUUUAGCCUCAAAGUUUUCAGGUACGCACGUGCGUACAGUGCGUAGAUCGUAAGGUCAGGGGCGUAGCUACCUCUGCGUAGGAAUGUUUGCAAUCCAUGCGCAUAAAAACGUAAAGCGGUCACGUCUGUAGCUAAAUGUAACACGUCAGAACUACCUACGUGCAAGACGUCGUGCAAGAAAGUAAGUCGAUUUCUCUGUUUUGCUUCCUGUUCAGUUUCACUGAAAUUCCAAACAGUCAAGUCACAUAUCAGCGCAGACGAAGACCUUUAUCGAAAGCAUUCAGCAUGUCUUCGCUGAUAACUGCCGUAUUUAAAGCCACUAUCGGCCUGUUGGUGAAUAAAGGAAGAGAUAAACUGGCAGAAAAGUUGACUGAGGGUGAUGUUACAGAUCAGAAGUUCCGUGGACUGAUCAUCCGUGAAAUCGAUGAAAUAAAGUCGAAGUUGGAUGGGCUGGCAAGAAAGGAUUUAUUAGCAAGUAUCAGUCUUUUUAAAGAAGGAAUCGAGAUGUUAUAUGAAGUGUUUGAAAGUGCCAGAUCUAGCGCCGAGUAUCGCACGAUAACUGCACAAACCCAAGCUGCAGCCGAAACCAGAAUUGAUAAAACAAAUUUUAUCUCGCUGGAAGAAAUGGGAAAACUGGAACUGAUUGCCUUGGAUGAAUCCGCUACGAGGAGGCUUAGUAAAGUGAUGGAGACUUCUAAUGAAGCUCGAUUGGAAGCAAUAAAGGCUUUUAGUAAUGAAGCUUUGGAAUUACCUGAUCGCCUGUUAGCUAUGCAAUAUCGCCUGAUGGCGACGAUAUUGAGGACAAUUGACAAUCCUACCGACGCAUUAGCAGCUUGUAGAGUCUGCCUUGAUGAGUUACACCAAGUACCAGCAGUUAAACAGUGUUUCAAAGUUGAGUUGGAGAGAGGACUAAGAUUGAGGGCUCUUUUUAAGAAAGACGAACGAAGGCAAAUAAUUUAUUCAGUCUGUCACGCGAAUCGUGUGAUCCAUGAUGUCAUGCAAAUGUGCGGCAUUCGAAAUCUGUGGACGUUGCCUGUGGUUGAUACCGGGAAAGAGAAAGUAGAUCCACUCCGCGACGGGAGAGUUAUUGACGCACUGAUGAGACAAGGCCUAGAGAAUUGUUGUUUACAAUGGUCAUUUGGUCUGGUCAAGGGACAAGGGAAGCCGGACAAGCUUAAGUGGCCGAUUGAUAUAUCUAUAAAUGCCAAGCAACAGUUCCUUAUGGUAGCCGUUGAUACAGAUCUUCAAACUUACACCGUGGAGGUGUUUGAUAGCAACGGAAAGUUUGUUUUCAAUUUUAAACCUAAAUCUGAAGACGCUGAUGCAACAGUAAUAAUUUGGAGCGUUGCCACUUCGGACGUGGACGACAAUAUCUAUUUACUAGUUAACGUUGAACUGAAGGGUAAGAAGAAUGAGAAGAAUGAAGUUCAGGUUUUUAACAAAGCCGCUGAACUGCAGCACAAGUUUCCUGUGAGGAGGGUUUGGCUUUGGCGUAACAGACUAAGAGUGACCAGAAAUAAAGUGCUGAUGCUUUCUUCUAGCGUUGUUGAUGUUCAUGAGCUGAGUGGCGAGUUCGUUUGCAGAUUUGGCGAAGAAUUGCGCAUGUGUGCAACAGAUAUCGCCGCUACAUGUGAUGGUCGCGUCAUGAUAGUAGACUCACGGGAUUCAUGUGUUCACCUUUUCACUGAAGAGGGACAACAGCUUGCCAAAUUUAAUAUCAGCACCCACGCACCCUUUGCCAAUUAUUUCAUCGCACAUCACCCUGUAGGUGAUCACGUAGUUGUUGCUUACAAACGAAGAGACCACCUGGAGCUGGCUAUAUACACCGUAAAAGGAGAACUCGUUCGAAUGAUUCAGCUUGCUGAAGGAGUACUCGAAGUGAGUGGAAUUACAGUGAGCAUGGACGGUCACAUUGCUGUGGCUUUUGAAGGCCAGCGUCCCCUGAAUGAAAAGGUGGUAGUUGUCGUUUAA